AUGUGCCCCUGGUCAAACAGUACUACAUACCAUCCCUCAACCUCUUCCCUCUCGGCUAUCAAGCGUUAUAACAAAGUGAUCACCUUCAGAGGAAUUGGACCUCAUUGCAAGGCUGCGGGAGGCCAUGCUGCAGCCCCGCCUGUCAGCAAUUACAGCAUGCAAGAUGAAGGGGGGAUGGGAGAGACGCAACUAUACGCGGGCGUUCUUGCGCGCAAGCUUGAUCAACCUAACAACCUCCAUCCCGGCGGCUUGAAUCGUAGGCGGAGGAGAACAAAAACCGGAGACAACGGUUGGCAGAAGAGGAUCACCAUCCUUGAACAACAAGAACACCAGGCUGGAGACAAGGAGACCGAAUGGCUUGUGCUUGUGCCGGACCCAGACCCGGCUCGGCUCCCUGACCUGUGCCCACUCUGGCUUGCCCCUCACACCUUCAAAUCAACUCAAUCGACCACGACCCUUGCGAGCACACUCAGAUAG